AUGAUGCUUACCGUGGCAAUUUCUCGCUUGCGGCAGACGGUGUCUCUCGACCUCGGGACAGGGCAAGCAGAGAGGUUUGCGUUCACAGACGGCACGGCGGUAGGAAACCAGGUGAGAGUGAAAGAGCAAAGACAAGAACUGAAUGAAGUGGAGGAGGAACAUCGUAACUUUACAAUUCAAAGAACAAAAGCCAAAAAGACGCACACCUGCACUCAGUGUGGAAAGAGUUUCUCAGAGAAAGGAAACCUUAAAACACACAUGAGAAUUCACACUGGAGAGAAACCGUAUACAUGCACUCAGUGUGGAAAGAGUUUUUCUAAUGCAUCAGGUCUCAGUUAUCAUCUGCUCAUUCACUCUGGAGAAAAGCCGUUUAACUGUGAUCAGUGUGGCAAAGAUUUUAUUUCAUCAGCACAUCUAAAAUCACACCUGAAAGUUCAUUCAGAUGAGAAGCCUUAUGUGUGUUCUCUCUGUGGAAAGAGUUUUUCACGACUGAACUGUUUAAAAAAGCACAAGAAAACGCAUAAUGAAGUGAAAGAUCAUGUGUGUUGUGACUGUGGGAAGAGCUUUACUAGAGCUGAUCAUCUGAAACGGCACCAAAGAAUUCAUACUGGAGAAAAACCUUACAAGUGCUCAUAUUGUGACAAGAGUUUCACACAGAAAGGAGACCUUAACACACACAUGAUAAUUCACACUGGAGAUAAACCGUAUACAUGCACUCAGUGUGGAAAGAGUUUUUCUCAAGCAUCAGCUCUCAGUUAUCAUCUGCUCAUUCACUCUGGAGAAAAGCCAUUUAACUGUGAUCAGUGUGGUAAAGAUUUUAUUUCAUCAUCACAACUACAAGAUCACCUAAAAGUUCAUUUAGAUGAGAAUCUCUAUCUGUGUUCAACUCUGUGGAAAGAGUUUUUCACAACUGGACAGUUUUAA